UUGGCUUAUUAAUCAGAGCCAUCUGGGAAGUUGUUCCUGGGAAAAGGUUCAAGAUUCAGAUCGUGUUUACGGUCACUUCCACAAUAUGUUAAUGGAAACCCACGCAGAUGUAAAACGCUGUCUCUCCUUGACUCGUAGCUGCUUCUGCUACUACAGCGACUACUAUCACACUCAUUCUGCUACAGAUGAAGAAUAUAUUCAUGAGUAGAAGUGGUAUAGUAAAUGGACUCUGUUAUUACAGCUAUUACAGCUAUUACAGCUAUACAGCGUAACUAUAAAAGCAAAAUUUGAAUAUAUAUUAAAAGAACAUUGUGAUUCAUACAUACAUUCGUUUGCUAGACAGUUAAAUCUAGCUAGACAGGGCAUUCUCCUUAAAGAAAAAAAACAUGGCAGGUGAUUGAACGAUCACCAUAUAUCACAACAUCACAGGCUAUACAUAACAAUAGAUAGAUAGAUAGAUAGAUAGAUAGAUAGAUAGAUAGAUAGAUAGAUAGAUAGAUAGAUCUGAGGAGCUUUAAAAGCUAGCAGUCUGUUCAGUUAGCUAGUUAUACAUUUAUUAUGUUGGUAGAUAUUCUUACUGUCCUCUCAAGAGUAAGAGUUAAGAGUCAUUUUGAAGCUUUGCGUCCUUAUUGAAAUAAGAAAAGAAGGCCUUUAGGAGAGAACAGGUGAUUUCGCUGUCACUAAAAAAGUCGCCAGAAACUGGAGGCCUUUUAUUUUCAGAAAUCAAAGGCUCGCGUUUGUCUGCAGAACAAAGUAGGCCGUAAAAAAAAAAAAAAAAAAAAAAAGGAGAUGUGAUCAUUUGUAUCUGGCGGGUGCUUGCCCUUAAUCCCUGGCAGUGAGCAUGCACGGGCCUUUGAGCCAAACGCCCGAGACCACAUGACAAUCACAGGUCAGUGUAUCAGAAAACAUGAGACCGGAGCUAUUUGUGAACCGCUUGGACGUCACCGAGGGGCCGUGGUCCUUGUAAUUGCCGGGACGCUCUUGCAGCAUCGACAUUUGCAUCACCUGACCUUGAAAAAUGUGAAGUAGCUCUGCUUUGACAGCUUUGGCAUGGUCCCAGUCCCGGAUGACACAGCUGCAUGUUUGCAUAACAAGUUGCAACACAGUUGCAGGGAAUGUUGCAGAGUAAAGGUGGAGUGGCAUUUUAUUAGGUGAUGCAAGUCUGAAGCAAAACAUCGUGUUGACUUUCUUUUUUAGUUUUUUUUUUUUUCCCCCAGCUGUAACUGAACUGUGAGAAAAGUUAAGGGGUCGGUUACUACGACUGGGUGACUUUUGUUUUCUUAAUGUGCGCCGAGUGAGCCGAGGCGCCUCUCUGGGCAACACUCGAGGAAAAGUGUAAUGGCGUUACACUGGCUGUACAAGGUGGGAAACCUUGAAUAAUGUGGGAUGAGGCGAAUCCGAGUCAGCCAGUGGGUCACCAGGAGGUGAGGCUGCCUACUUCCCUGGGUUCAGGAAAAGUUCACCCGCAUAGCAUUAGGCAAAUUAGGGAGACGGGCUGGGGGAGAAAAAAAAAAAAAAAAAAAAAAAAAUCCGAGGGUCGGGACUGAUGAGAGUAUGGGGGAAAGGGUCAAAUUAGUUGGAAGGAGGAGCCCAAAGAAAGAGUGAGAACAUAGAUGGGAGCUUCCAGGAAAAGAGUGAAAAAGAUACAUUCUGUUGCAGAACUCAUUAUGUCCGUGAACUCCGUGUAAAGAUAUGAAAGACUAAUUACUGAGCUUAUAUAACUUAAUCAUGUCCUCAAAUACAUUCCUAUUUAAAGCCCCCGCUGCUCACUUUGAGGGAGGGCGGCGGGCUCCCCCUCACUGUCUCAUGCAGGGCCGAUGUUUAUAGAGAGGGAGAUCCGUGGUGACGUCCCCGAAGGGGUUAAACGGGGGAGGAGCGACGCAUGAAAGGCUCUGAGGGGAGGCAGAGAGAGAGAGAGAGAGGGAGGGAGAGAGAGAGAGAGAGAAAAGAAAAAGAGCCGAGUGGAGGUGGAGCCAAAGCCCUCAGCUGCUGUGCCUUGUCACAUUUCUGCAGAACACGAUAGCCGCACGGUUCGGUGUGGGAAUGAUUUAAGGUUCGUCCCUCUCUCUACCAAAAUACAAACAAGGCGGCGCCGCGCGUUCCGUGCGAACCUGGAUGUGGGCAGAGCUGGCUCCGAGCGAGGGAAGCCGCGCGCAGGGACACCGGUUCAUUCACGGAGCUGACAGGAGUCCACCCGCGGCGGGCGCAGACGGGACAACCGGCCGUAACCCAGAGGACGAACUACAACUCCGCGGGAUUUCCUCUCCGAUAAUCACGCCUGCGUCUCGUCCAGAAUCCCCUCAGGAGAUUUGAGUUCUGUUUUCUGUGUUUUUUAUUUUUUUUUAUUUUUCCUCUUUGUCGUGUGGAUACUGCUCUCCAGCGAGGCCGCCAGGACCGAUAUAAUCUGCUGAAGUUACCCGGCUCGAUUGUGUUUAAUUUUUUUUUUAUUUCGUUUUGUUGCGCGUUGUCGCAUCCCGAGCGUUGGACGCGAUGCAGACUGUCCUAUUAAAUUAUGUUUUCAAAUUGAGCGCAGCCGACUAGGCUCUCCCAGACACCGACUCGCUCCCCCCGGGCUCGUUUUGCGAACCGCUGGUUAGGAAGAUGCCAAAUGUUCAGAUGUGCCCGCCGUGUUUGGAUAUAUCACUUUUCCCUCGAUUUUAAUGCAGUCCCCCCUCCCCGCCGUUUGGCCCCCACACAGUCUACCUCUGCUGGCGGCGAGCUGAAAACCAACGGGGCUCGCGUUCCUGCGUGCGCCGCGAUAGUUCGUUUUUUUUUUUUUUUUGAUAAUACCCCCCCGCUGUCGCCCUGCUUCGUAUGAUGUAUGAGAGCGUGGACGUUGUGGGACUGAAUCCCAGCCCGAACCCGUUUUUAAUGAUGGAUUACUACAACCAGAGCAGAGGAUGCUUGAUCCCAGAGAAAGGACUGGUGCCCGGAGCGCCCCAUCCUUACAGCACGUCCAUCAGAAACCAGCACUGGAACGGCUCCAAUCACUCGAUAGAGACUCAGAGUACCAGCUCUGAGGAGAUAGUGCCAAGCCCGCCCUCGCCUCCCCCGCCGCCCCGCGUCUACAAGCCCUGCUUUGUGUGCCAGGACAAGUCCUCAGGGUACCACUAUGGUGUCAGCGCCUGUGAGGGCUGCAAGGGCUUCUUUCGGAGAAGCAUCCAGAAGAACAUGGUGUACACUUGUCACCGGGAGAAGAACUGCAUCAUCAACAAAGUCACCCGCAACCGCUGCCAGUACUGUCGGUUGCAGAAGUGCCUGGAAGUCGGGAUGUCUAAGGAGUUGAGGAACGACCGGAACAAGAAGAAAAAGGAUGAGAAGAAGCAGGAGUGUACAGAGAGCUACGUGUUGAGUCCUGACACCGAGCAGAUGAUCGACAGGGUUCGCAAGGCGCAUCAGGAGACUUUCCCCUCUCUCUGCCAGCUGGGCAAAUACACUACAACUAACAGCUCAGAACGACGCGUAUCUCUGGACGUGGACCUGUGGGACAAGUUCAGUGAACUCUCCACCAAGUGCAUCAUAAAGACGGUGGAGUUCGCUAAGCAGCUGCCCGGCUUCACAACGCUCACCAUUGCCGACCAGAUCACUCUCCUCAAGGCCGCCUGUCUGGACAUCCUGAUACUGCGGAUCUGCACGCGCUACACCCCGGAGCAAGACACCAUGACUUUCUCAGAUGGACUCACGCUAAAUCGGACCCAGAUGCACAACGCCGGCUUCGGUCCCCUCACUGACCUGGUGUUUGCCUUUGCCAACCAGCUCCUUCCCCUGGAGAUGGACGAUGCUGAGACGGGGCUGCUUAGCGCCAUCUGUUUGCUGUGUGGAGAUCGCCAGGACUUGGAAGAGGCAGAUAAGGUGGAUGUCCUGCAGGAGCCUCUUCUAGAGGCGUUGAAGAUUUAUGUAAGGAAGAGGAGGCCCCACAAACCACAUAUGUUCCCUAAGAUGCUGAUGAAGAUCACUGAUCUGAGAAGCAUCAGCGCUAAAGGAGCGGAGCGUGUCAUCACGCUGAAGAUGGAGAUCCCCGGCUCCAUGCCGCCGCUCAUCCAGGAGAUGCUGGAGAACUCAGAAGGCCUGGAAAGCGGGGCGGCGGGCAGCCGGCCCAGCGGUGCUCCCCCAGGCAGCUGCAGCCCCAGUCUGUCCCCAAGCUCUGCCCAAAGCAGUCCAGCCACACAAUCGCCGUAGUAACGGCCCACCUUUUUAUUUUCGUUUCCACGUUGCUCUCUGUCUCCUCCCUCGAUGUUCGAAAAAAGGGGAGGGGCGAAGGAGGUGGGCCUUGACCCUAACUGCUGAACACAGGAGACUGGCAGAGCCAACCUUCUCCUCUCCUACAACUCGAACCCCAUCUCCUGAUCGGCCUUGCCUCACUCUGGCUGGAACACUGUCCAGGUGUGAGGGGAGGUGAAGCCGGAGCAGGCCGGGGUUAACAGGAUGCCUCUGAGAUACCACACCGUAAACACUGCUGAUAACUCCUCCUCCUUCUUCCUCCCCUCCCCCACCUUUCUCGAAAAAGACUGACGGAAACUAACGCGGAUGCAGCGGAGACCGGUUUUGAAUGAAACUGAGAAUCGGUGGGGCGCAGUGGGACGGAUACACGGACAAGGACAAUGAACACAGACUGACUUGACAAACACCAGACACUUUUUUUUUGUUGUUGUUCUCUGAGGCAGACUGCAACUUUGGGACUCGUCAAAAGACCCCACUCCUCAAAGACUUUGGGUCUUUUCUCUUUUUCCAAUUUCAAAAAACAGAUUUCGUACAAAAGAUAUAUAAAUAUAUAUAGAAAAAUUAAGGAACUAUUGUGAUUGACAUGUCCAGAGCAGAAUGGCAGGUUGAAAUGAGGACGUGUUUUCUGAGCUGAGAUUAGAAAUUGUUGUACUCCUUCACCAUUUGAAUCUUUUCUUACCCAUCGAGAGUAUUGAGAGAGACGUUUAAGUUUCACAUUUGUACAUUAUUCUAAUUAACAAAACGUGUUGAAAUUUCUCUCCCAAUCUACACACGCCAACACAAACAGAUACACACACACACACACAUACACAAAUGUGCACAGAAAACAAGUCGCAAUGAAUAUCACCUACUAUUCCAGGUUGGAUUUGUUUUCCUUUAUUCUUUGUUUUUUUUUUCUUCUUCCAAGAAAAUGGAAAAAAAUGAUUGUAUGAACUUGGUUGUAUGAUAUGGUCACCGGUCCUUUCAAAAGAAAUCAAAUUAAUGAAGAUUCAUUAUUAAGGUGUAUUUUAAGUAGCCUUUGAGUUUCUGUAUAUAAGCUGUAUUCAUUUCUUUAAAACUAUGAAGAGUUUUAGGCUUCACUUGAUUUUUUUUUUUUUUUUUAAAUACCUUUUAUGUGUUUUGUUUAUAGGUUUGUGAUUCAAGAAAAAAAAAAAGACAUUUUGAGCACAUUUUACUGAAGGAAGUUCUUUCAUGUUUUUUGUGUCCUACUAAAUAGCGGACAGACCCUUCACCAAUCACUGGCUGUUCAGAAUGUGGCUUUCACAAACGACUUCAAACCUUUUUGCCCCUUUCAUUUUUAAAACAUGUUUUAUAUGUACAGUAGAUAACAAAGUAGCACUCCUGUCGGGGCAUAGCUUUUUUUGGGCCAUGUAGCAGAAAGAGAGAAGGUGUUUCUGGAAAGGGUGAGUUCGCCGCCAUCUGGCUGCGUGGCGGUGGAGCUGCAGCAGCUGAGCGUCGCAGAGAGUUUAAAAUGCAAAGACUGGUGUACACACACUUCGGAUAAAAAACACAGGCAACUCUCAGUCCUCUCUGUAUGGAUCAGUCUGUAGUGGAUGCGAGAAGACUAGCUUGUAUUGGUCCCUCUUACUCUGUCAGGCGAGCGAAGGUCCCAAACGUGAUGUCCGUCAGCUAAAUCUCCACAGAUUUAUCUCCCCCUACCAACCUGUGGUAGAAGAAAAUGUUUGACCUUGAGUAACCUUGCGCCCUGUGACUCACUUUACACCAAAACGCCUUCACCAUGAAACCAUCUUUACUGUACACACACACCAAUGUCUCAGGAAGGAAUCAUUUUGUGUGCUUGGCCUGUUAUUUGUAAAUGUUCUGUGCUGCACCCCCUCAAGCCUCCAAUCACAGAUGCACAUGUACACACACAUAUACACACACACACACACACUUCUGCUACUGAGCCCCUCAAUGUUUUCUUCAAUCACUCACUUUUGUUAGGCCUGGCAGACCAGGACCUGCGCAGAGAGACACUGACAAAGAAAAGAAAAAAAGAAAAAACCAGACCACCCCCAUCCCUUCCCCCCCACCGGUCGCUCAGCGUUACAACAUAGGAUGCCAGUGCGGAGUCUCUCUGGGUCGUUCAUGUGUACUUUUUAUUUGUACGGUCAAAGCUGCUUUCAUCAUUUAGGACUUAACCUGUCCAGAACAGCGCACAAUGUUUCCCUCCACAGCUAAUCUGGAAUAGCAACAGACACAACGUCAGUUUGAGAAGUAUGGAAAUUGUUGCAAUUUUGUCAAGAUUAUCAAGCGACUUUGAAAAAAAAAACAAAAGAAAAAACAACAAAAAAAGAUUAAAAAAAUAAAACCAACAUUUAAUAAUUAAA